AUGUCAUAUCCUAGUCCACAUGAAACUCUCUCCACCGCCGACACUGCAGCAUUCCAGGACGGUCGUAAUUCUUCCUCGCAGAAGAGGGCUUCAUUUUUCCAAGAUAACCCGGCUCGAGAACUAGUCCCAAAGGACCCCUCAGUUCAUCCGCCGUUGUCAAUAGCAUCAUUUCUGGGGAAAAAGCUGCGCUGGAUAACACUUGGCGGGCAAUACAAUUGGACGGACAAAGUGUAUCCUUCUGAAAUACCCCCUCAAUUCCCGGCAGAUAUAGCCAGCCUGCUGCGCAAGAUCUUCCCCGAAACAAAACCGGAGGCUGCCAUAGUAAAUCUUUAUUCUCCUGGCGAUACCCUAAGCGUCCAUAGGGAUGUAAGCGAAGAGUGCGACACCGGCUUAAUAAGUAUUAGUUUUGGAUGUGAUGGUCUUUUUAUGGUGGGCCACUUGGACGGUGCUGGUUGUGAAAUCAUCCGACUGCGCUCGGGCGAUGCUGUCUACAUGUCUGGUCAGGCAAGCAAGAUUGCUCAUUGUUGGACUGUACAACCAAAUAUUGAUAUUUACGCCCAGCCAAGUUUUACCUUUUUCAAAUCGGCCAUAGUGUAUACAAAACGAUUAACACUACUCCAUCUUCCGGAUCGGUCGCUUCAUCUCCCCAAGUCAGCCCUCGAACCUGGUUCCUCGCACGUCAAGCAAGUGCUGAAGGCCGCUUACCAAGCUUGCCUCCCAAAAGGUCUUCAAAACGGCCUACUAGAUAUGCCAAUCCAGCUCUCACCCUCUUCGAGUUUCCACUCUGUUUGGACCCUAUUCCCAUCAUCGUUUGCCGAUGACUAUGACCAGUUGCGCCCGCAUUGCAAAUGCGUUUCAGCACCGCUGCCGACAGAUUCGAUUUUUCACCCCAACCAAAAAUAUGCCCACCAUUAUGGAAUCGAGCAAGUCAAGUAUGCGUAUGUCGAGGAAGGUGUCGAGCGCCUGGACUACUAUGUCCGUGGCGGAUACCAUCCAGUAAAAAUUGGUGACGAGUUCCAGGAAGGCCGCUAUGUCAUUGCCCAUAAACUUGGAUUUGGACGAUCUGCCACUACCUGGCUAGCUGAAGACAAAGUAAUAAAAAAACUUCUUAUCACCCUCAAAAUUUCCACUACAGAAUCAGUUGAGCGCACUCACGAGGAACAAAUUCUUUUACGACUGACUAAGUCUCGAUCAGUGUUGCCCGGAGAAGCCAUAAUCCAGACAUUGCUCGAUUCUUUUACCUUCUCUGGGCCUAAUGGGACGCAUCGGUGCUUGGCUACGGGUGCUGCAAGGGUCAGCAUUCACGUUGCAAAGGACAUAGCUUAUCAUCGCCUUCUCCAGCUUGAAGCCGCCAGAGCCAUUGCAUCCCAAUUGAUAUUGGCACUGCAAUUUGUACAUGCUCAGGGGGUUGUUCAUGGCGAUCUUCACGCUGGGAAUAUUCUCCUUCAUCUACCGCCAAAUAUUCGGAGCAUAACCCGUGAACAGCUGUACAUAAAUGUUGGAAGGCCUGACGAGGAGCCCGUUGUUCGUGCGGACGGUUUACCCCUUGAUAAUCGGAUUCCUUUAAAGGUCGUUUUCCCUGUGUUGCUGGGGCUUGGAAGUGAUGAGAUCAAGUUGGCCGAUUCUUCCAUUCUACUUACAGACUUUGGAGAAGCUUUUGAUUCUCAAAGAACACAGCGAUUCACUGCACAUGCACCAGUCCCCUUAUCACCGCCGGAAUCUCGAUUUGCGGAUGAACCGCUUUCUUUUCCAUCAGAUAUCUGGACGCUUGGGUGUGUGAUUUGGGACCUUUUUGGAUCUAGUCCACCAUUUGAAACUUUCCCCGGCUCGCAGGAUGACAUUAUCGUCGAGCAUGUUGAGACAUUUGGUAAACUCCCAGAUCAAUGGUGGAGCAAGUGGGAGACCCGCGGCAGCUGGUUUGAUGAAGAAGGUCAUAAAAACGUCAAGGAGAGCCUGCGGCAGUAUUACGGCAACACCAGCCGGAGCUGGACCCAGCGGUUUGCGGAGAUAAAUAUCUCACGGCAGAGCAAGAAGCUCGAGACCUUUGACCCUGAAGAGGAAAAAUCAUUUCAUGACAUGAUGCGAUCUAUGUUAGUCCUUGAGCCGAGUGAAAGGGCUAGCAUAGACGAUGUGGUGAGGUGUGAGUGGAUGCAGCGAUGGGGUCUACCUGAGUUUCAGAGAAUGCAAAGUGCUUUAAGAGACUGA